AGAGAUCGAACGAAUUUUGUAAAAUUGCAUAGAAAAAGCUGAGCAAACAGCUGAAGCGCAAUGGGUGCGGAGCACUCGCAGCAGCGCGUCGAGGCUGACGGCCAUGAGAUCUUCGAAAGACGCGAUCCAGCUGGGGUCAGUAACAUGGCCCAAUCCUCCAGCAAUCCCGCAGCUGUUCGAAUGAGCGAUGGCAGCGCCAUGGCACUGACGGCGGCUGCGACGGCAGCCACAAACAAACGCAGGGGCGGCGCCGUACAUCAGAGACAACAGCAGCAACAGCAGCUCCUGCAACAGCAGCCUUCAGCGUUACCGCAUGGAGCUAGCAAUGGACCAGCUAGCAUCGUGAUUGCCAGCAAGCAAAUCAUUUCGGACACCGCAUCGCCCACAAGCUCCGAGCUAAGCCGACCGCCUUCACCGCCGCUAAGCGUGUGCUCAGAUCUGCCGUAUGUCUCCUAUACGGAUCGGCCCAUCGGCGACUCGCCCAAGAUACGCAACCGACCCGCCCAUAUGCUGCAGCAGAGCAGUGCCAGUCGGGCCGCCGCACGCAAGUCGCAUCCUGGCAGCAUUACCACAACUAUCAAGCCAAAGCGGCCGCAGUCGACGGCUUCCAGUCACAAUAUCGUGAUCGUCAAGCCGGGCACACGGGACAUCAAUGACGAUAUUGACCCGGAUCUGCUGCGCCUGCGCAACAUACCUCAGUUCCUGCCCGUGCUGCGGGAGUCGAUCAGCUCGGCGACAUACACACGAGAUCCCGAGAUUCUGGAGCGCUUGAAUUCGCAGCAUCUGCUGAAUAUAUGCAGCCGCAUGCAGACCCAUUUGAAUCUGUGCGCCAGCCAUGUGGCCAGCGAGCAGAAUCACCUCGUGGAACGCACUAAGGUGGUCAGCAACUCGAUCACCACGCUCUUCGCCAGCUUCGUCGAUAUGCAGAAGACGUACGCCUCGUAUGCGGAACAGUUCGCUAAGAUACGCGGCGUCUCGCAGCAGCUGAGCCGCUGCAAUUCGCUGCUGCACGAGAAUAUCGCCAGCCUGGAGGCGAUCAAUAACUUCCUGGACGACGACGAUCGCCUGGAGCCGUUCGUCUGGCGCACAGACGACAACAAGCUGCGCGGCGAGGCCGAAGGCGCCGCCGGCGGCAACAGCAGUCGUCUCUGGCGCCUCUAGAUGCUGCCGCACUUCCGCAAGCUCGCUUCCAAAGACAGUUCGUUAUUUGUUAUCGGUCUAAUUCGUAACUCUAUGCUAUGUAUUUAUUGUGCAUAUUAACUUUAAAGUUUAAACAUUUAUCGUAUAAAUAACUGGGCAUGUUAAGAAUGUUUGUUAAGAAUGGUUAAUCGGAUUUCUUGUUGUGCACUCAGCUCGAUCUCGUACAUUUGCUGGGGCACGAAAUCUGUACCACAAUUGGAGCUGAGACCAAACUGUGUAAAUAAUGAUUUCUAUAUAAAUAUAUAUAUAUAUGUGUCAUAUAUUAUAUGCAAUCAGGCAAAAGCAAUUGAUGUGUUUAUCCACAUAUCCAUUAGAAGUGUAUUAUAAACAAAUUCAAACAAUCAACAGUGUCGGGCAAGUUCAUAAAUAACAAAAAUACAAAUUCAAUUACUAAAAGCUAAUUAAUGAGUAAGAAACAAUUGAAACUUCAUUUAAAUUAUACAAUCAGCUCUUAACGUAAACAAUAAUAUAACAAUUUCGUCUAGUAACUCUUCUUACUUAACUCUAUAGUAAGAACUCUGGAAAUUAAAUGAGAUUGCAAUUAACAAUUUUAACUGCUUUAAGAUUAGUAGUGUUUGAAUAGCCCCCGAUUACUAGUUACGCCCAUUUAGCUAAGUAGUUCUAAUUGCUUGAUUAGCCAAUGCAAUGCUAAUGCAAACGGAGUCGUUGACAACAAUUAGACACAAGUUUAUUACACAUGCGAACAAUUAGCUAUUAGGAUAAUAAGCCUACAUGGAACUGGAUAUAUAUCUUUAUAUAUAUAUAUAUAUAACACACAUACACUUAUAAUACAGACGGGCAUGGUUCGCUUUAACGUUACACUUACAAUUUGACGGCUCUCGAGUGGAGGCCUUACUUAUGAUAGAUAAUAUUCCUAAAUACACAUUUACAUACAACAUA